UAUUCCUAGUAAGCUAUGCAGUGAAAGUAAUGUAUUUUAAGUGAAUUGAAAUAACUUUUCUCUUGUAGUUAUGCCAGCAACCUGAAACAGAGUUGAAUAAAUUUGUUUCAGUUUGUUUUUCAUCUUUAGUGACUGUAUUUUUUUUUUGUUAGAUUUAAAAUUUUAAGGUUAUGUAAAACAUUUACCAAACUCCAAAGUCAAAAAUUUAAAAACAAGGUCAAUUCAGGGAAGGGUACCUUCCAUCCCUAUCCCCUCCAAAGUUCUAUCGGUAACAAUUUUAAUUAGCUUCUGGUUUAUCUGGUCUAUUUUUGAAAAUAUAGGUAAAUGUACACACACACACAACUACAUAAUACAUAUAUUCCUCCUCUCUCUCACACGAAAGGUAGCACAUUUUAUACACUGUUCUUCACUUGCUUAUUAAACAACAGUACCUCCCAGAGAUGCCUGCAUGUCACCAUACAGAGAGAAACCUCAGAGUGACACAGGUGGGUCCACGGACUCACACUGAGCAGCUUGAUUCUGGACUAGGAAUGUGUGUCUCGGAGGAGGGCAUGGGAAACAGAGCUGGCCUCAAAACCUGCUGGUCUUGCUCAGGGAAAGGCACCAUCAUAGUUUACAGCCUGAUUGUUUCCAAGAAUGGGGUGCAUGGGAGUCAGCGUGGGAGCCCCUGAUGCCAGCCUGUCUGCGUGGGGAUUCAGGGGGUGUGAGUGUGUGUCCCCAGCAUGGGCCACUUGUGCCUGGUGGGGCCAGUGGAGGCUGAAGUGAGCCUGUUGGAGCCUACUUACUGGAAGACUUUAUCCUGGGGGAGAAAAUGUGGCAGUUACAUUAGGGGUGACUCUGGAACAAAACUGUGGCUGUGUGGAGGGGAGGGCAUUCCUGAGGACCACAUGGUGGCUGUUUCAGAAUUUGUUCCUUCCCCAGGCACAUGUCUGGCACUUGGGGUCAGAAAAGGCGGUAAGUAAAAGCUGCUAGAAUUUUCCCAUUGCAACCUCUGCUCUAGGACCCUGUUCCUAAAGUGACAACAUAAAAGGAAGCCAUAUUUCCUGGAUCCUGUCCCCACAUGCCAGCCUUUCAUCCCACCCAGGGGGCUCCUUGUGGAUCAGACAAUGCCCCGUGGGGAGGCAGUGGAACUGCUGCAGCCAUGCCCUGCAGUGUCCUCACCUGAAAAGAAGGGACUGACUCGACAAGCUCCAGGGUGCCCCCGGCUCUGAUGUUUUACGGUUCCAUGAUUUCUACAAAGCACACUGAAGUGCCCCUGAGAACAGACUGUGCCUUUCCACAGGACCCCGAACCAUGGAUUGUAACGUUCAUGCCCCAGGCCUCCAUAAAAACAGCGUCCAUAAUGUUUGCCAAGGCCCCCAGAGACCAGUGAUGCUUCAGAUGGGAGUUGCUCAGAUGGACAAGGCCCGGGAGUAAGAUGGCUUGCUGGGAAUCCACAAAACCUAUUUGUUACAGGUUUCAGUUUAUAGGUCUCUGGAUCAAGAGGAGCCACAUCCUGACUCGAUGCAAGGACCACUCUGUAUCCCCCAGGGGACUCAGACUUGAUGUUGUGGAGGGUGGUGCUUGGAGCUGCAGCAUCCAUCUUACAUCUGGUAGAAGACAAGUUAAAAAAAAAAGGUAAAGAUUACAUAUAGAGAAAGGAUGGUGGAUGGUGGAGCAGAAAGAUGCAAAGGACCUGGGUCCCCAGGGUAGAGCCAUCAAAUUCACCCUUGGGGCUUUCCUACCACCAGGCUUCCUGUGAUGUGGGAAAACAAAGCCCCUUUUAUCAUGGAUGAUUGGGUAUUAUUACUUGCAGCUGCACAGGUGUGGUAGACAGAGGAAUGGCUCGCCAAAGGUGCUCAUGUUUUAAUCCCUAGUACCUGAGAAUGUGUUUCUUAUAUGGCAAAAUGGACAUUGCUGGUGUGAUUAAAGUAUGGAUCUUGUGAUGGGAAGAUUAUUCCCAUUGACCAUGGAUUAUUCCCAUGGGUCCCAUGUAAACAAGUCCUUUUAAAGGGAGGCAAGAAGGUCAAAGUCAAUAGAAGAUGGAACGACGAAAGCAGAGCUUGAAGUGAUGCAUUUUGAAGACAGAGGAAGGGGCCAGGAGCUAAGAAAUGCAGGCAGCCUCUAGGAGCUAGAAAAGACAAGGAAAUGCAUUUUUCCCUGGAGCUGUGAGAAGGAACCCAGCUCUGCCAACACCUUGAUUUUAACCCCAUAAGUCCUAUUUUGGACUACUGACUUCCAGAAACGUUAAGAGAAUAAAUUGCUGCUAUCUUAAGCCACUUACUUUGUGGGAAUUUGUUACUGGAAACGAAUACAGAUGGCAUCCACUAACCUCAUGACAGCAGACCACACCAUCAUCUCCCCAGCAAAGUAGCCUCUGGAAGGGAACGGCUAACAUUUCCUUGAGUAUUUAAAAGGAGAAUCAACAAGGUAUAUGAGAAUUACGGAGCAGAAAGGAAGGAAUAUUUUCCACUUAGGUUAUAACUCAUUUCCCACCAGCCACAACAACAAAAAAAGGAGGGUCCUGGGAAAUGAGUAUCGUGUUCGGGUUGAUCACCUGGUCAUGAAUGCAGCUCCCAGCUACCCUGGACUGCAAUGCUGUAGACCUGGGACGCCUUUAGAUUACAGUGAUAUUAGAGUUCACAGUAAUGCCCAGUUCGGGGAAGAGGUGAGAUACAGCUGAGGAGGGGCCAGAGCUGGAGCCAAGCUAUCUUGGGUCGUGGGGGUCAGGCAAAGUGGCUGGGCCGGGGAUUUGCUGAGUGGGUCAACCGGCUCAGUCCUGAGCAGCCAGGCCUCUGGUGCCCAGGUCCACGUGACUGGCACCCUUUCUAGGAUCUAACACUUGUUUCUUACGGCUCACAAAUCUUGAGGGACAACUGAUAACUGGAGGAUAGAGUUUUCCGUUCCUCGGAAGGGCAAGGGGAGGCCACCGUAGGAGCGCCCACUUACGCUGGACCUCACGCCCAGGAAGCCAGGGCAGGGCGGGGCCAGGGAGGGAGGGGAGAAGAAGGUCAGGAGGGAGGAGACGGGCCCGGUCGGGUGGACAGAAAGAGGGCGUGCGCUUCGGGCCUCACCUGCAGGGAGCUGGAGGAGGCGCGAAGCGAAGCCGGCCCUGCCAGUCACGCGGAAAAGCAGAGGCGGUGAGCGCGAUGGAGCCGGCGCCGGAUCUGGGGUUCGGGGACUCCUCCCUGCACCGCUACCUGGACGGCGACUUCUGGAGCCUCAACAACGAGGUGCGCAGGCUCCUCGGCGGCUGCCUGCUCUUCCGGCAAAGGUAUGAUUUAAGCUUGGAUGAAAUGAGAGAUUUGACAGUUCAGAGAGUGAAGUUUGCCAUGGGUCUACCUCUAUUAAAACGUGCAGUUCAGGAUCUGGCAGAGAAAACAAAGAAUUUUGUCAGCCGAAGCCUUGUCAUAGGAGAAGUCCUCUCCAUGGCGGACAUGGCCACAGGAGUGAAGUGUGGAAUAAUUUAUUGGCUAUUUGGUGGUGCUAUCAGGAAUCUUGGAAGCCCUGAACAUGUUACUAAGUGGUUUCAGCCACUCCAGGAGCAGAAAUACACUGGGAUGUUUGCAAUGACCGAGAGGGGCCGUGGGAGCAACAUGAGAGGGAUCCAGACCGAAGCCACCUUUGACCUCUCUGCCCAGGAGUUUGUAAUUGACACACCAUGUGAAAAUGCGGAGAAGAUGUAUAUUGGAAACGCCAUGUACAGGAAUUACGCAGCUGUCUUGGCCCAGCUCAUCAUAGAUGGAAGAUCUCAAGGGCCCCAUUGUUUCAUCGUUCCUGUCCGGGAUGAAAACGGAAGCUUGUACCCAGGAGUGACAGCUAUUGAUAUGAUGUACAAGGAGGGUCUGCAUGGUGUGGACAAUGGGAUUUUAAUAUGUGACAAGGUUCGGAUACCCAGGGAGAACCUGCUGGAUAAGUUUGGUUCCGUGGCUCCAGAUGGACAGUACCAUUCGCCUAUUAGGAACAAGAGUGCAAGAUUCAAUGCCAUGCUGGCAGCACUGACCCCUUCGAGAUUAGCUGUGGCUUUCCAAGCUAUGGGUGCCAUGAAGCUUGGGUUGACGAUAGCGAUUCGCCAUAGCCACAGCCGGAGGCAGUUUGGGCCCAAAACCAAGGAAGAGGUGAAGAUCAUUGAGCACCAAAAGCAGACCCUGCGGCUGAUGCCCCACCUGGCCACAGCCUUGACCCUGACCUUCGUCAGCAGGUAUGCUGGGGCCCUCCUGGAUGAGGAUGUCUUCCAGGGAAAGGAGCUGGUCAACAGUCGCUUGCUGCAGGCUCUGGUGGCGGGGCUGAAGGCCUACAGCACCUGGGAGAACAUCUGCUGCCUGCAGGACUGCCGCGAGUGCACUGGAGGCAUGGGUUACAUGAUGGAAAAUCGAAUCUCAGGCUUAAAGUGUGACACAGAUGUGUUUGCCACUUUUGAAGGUGACAAUGUUGUUAUGCUUCAGGUGACCCCUGAAAUGCCCUUCAGGAACCUAGGCUUGCCAGAUGUAGGAAAAAGAAAUAUAGGAUCCCCAGCUACAUUUGUAUUUCAGGUUGUGGGGCUGGAACUGCUGGCCCAAUACACCAAACAGUAUGAAGAAAAACCACUCUUUGGCCUGCUCCAAAACUGGGCUGAACCUGUGGGGGACAAGCUGAGAACCAGUUUCCUGGCAUUUAACAUGGACACAGUUGAUAAUCUCGCCUUUCUGUUGAAAGCAGUGAAAUUUCGUGAAAGGGUUCUUCAGCGGGGUUUGGUGGCCAGAAUUUAUUAUAAGGUAAAGACCGAGAAGGAGGAUUUUUUCCAUGCCUGGAACUCGUGUCUGCACCACGUGGCUUCUCUGUCCCUGGCACACACUCACCGAGUUACCUUAGAGCAGUUCUCCCUGGCAGUGAAGAGCUGUCCUGACCAAGAGGACCAGACUUUGUUAAUGAAGUUUUGUCUGUUGUAUGGAACCAAGCUGGUGUUUCAGGAGCGGGCCUGGUAUUUAGAACAUAAAUGCUUGACUCCCAUGGCCAGCACGAGGAUCAGGAAUCAGUUGCUGGAUUUGUGCGACUCGGUGAAGGAUGAUGCCCUGAGGGUGAUUUCGACCUUUAACAUUCCACACAUCUACCUCCACGCACCAAUCGCCGGAAUCUCCAACCCGCGGGCCGCGUGGGCUUUCUACCCUGCACCGCUGCAGCCGCUGCCACGGGAAGAGGCGCGCUUCCAGCGGCCCAAGCUGGGAGCCAAGCUCUAACGGGUGUGGCGGGAAGUGUGGUGGCCCGCCAGCAGCUGCCAAGACGCUCGCUCCACUGACGCCCGGAGCUGUGGCCGAGGCCGGGGGCUGGCACCCGCUGGGCCGCCGCUCUCGGGGAUUUUGGUGGCAAAGCGGAGGUCCCGCCGAGGCUGGCGAGGUGCGCGGGUGGCUGCUAGGAAAGAGAUCCAGACGGUCGUCUGGUGCGCUGGAUCCCUGUGCCCUUUCCCUGAAACCCAGCCUGGCCUGACUGCAACCUCUCCCAAAUUCAGUGCCCGAUCCCCUAGACAAUCAGGGUGGGCUCCCCGCUGCGAGCGCGCCCCACAGCCGGGUGCCGCCAAAGGUCUCCUGCUGUUAGCGGUGACUCACAUUCCCAGUGAUUUAGAAAAACUGUGGUGCCGAGUGAAAGAAAAGAAAAAAAAAGCAAACAACCUUAGAUAAAAAAAAAAAAGCUCCACUCUUUCCGCGAGCGGGAAAAAAGGUUUGGUUCAGCAAGUGAUGCUUUUUCAGUGAAUCAGACGCUCUGGGGCUCUGCAAGGAAACGCACGGACUGGGAGAAGGAAGUGGGAGCCUAGAGUUUUGCUCUCGGCAAAACAAGAACUCGGCUUGUCCUCCCAGGCCGGCGGUUUCCGUACUGCAAGACAAGGCGCGGA